CGCGACAGCUAAGAAAAGGGCAGAGGAUGCCGAACAGGCACGUCUGCUGGCCAUGCAACAACAGCGCCAGCACGACGAGGCAGCAGCAGGGGCUGAUGAUGAAGAAAGAACACAGCGUCGUGAGAAGAUAUUCACCGGAGAGCGUGCGUUACGUACCAUGGCAGCAGAAUGGCGAAGCGAGGCCGAGAACAGCCAGUUGGAGGACAGCGCAAACAAGAUAGCGCUCCUCCUCUCGCAUCUCACGGAUCUCCUGGCAACCUGCUUUACACAGCAGGAGGAGAUCCUCGGUCUCGACAAGUCGGUAGCUAACCUCCAAGACCGCCUUCAGCGGGUGGAGCAGCGACCAGUCGCCGUUGCCGACGCAGGCUCUUCCAAUACUGCCGACCGCCUCACCGCAUUGGAGAUGCACGUCGGCUCCCUCCAGGAUGGCGCACAGUUACACCAGACUGCGAGGCAACAAUUGCAACAGCGGAUCUGCACUACCGCCACCACCUCGAGUCCGGAGCCGCGCGAGACAGCUCUUAAGUUCGAUGGGGAUGAGAUCUUCCACGACUCAAUCAAGACAGAUCCAAUUCCAUGGUUUCGCAGCGUCAAGGAAAACAAGCACCACACUUACUUGUACUCUCGCUCAGGGGGGGCGUGUCAGGCGUGGUUGGACAACUUGUUGUCCAAGUACGGAGUGGUAGCAGCGAACUUGCACACCAUGAUCAGCUGGGAUGAUCUGAAGGCGGCGUGGCACAAGCGGUUCCAGGUGGAGCCGCCAGAGAUCAAAGCCAUGGACAAGCUUAUGGUCUUCGAGCAAGGCUGGCUGCCGAGUACGGACUGGAUCGCCGAGUACCAACGCUUGACGUCAGUCCCAGGCAUCCAGAUGGGUUUCAAGGCCAUCCGCCACUACUUCAUCUCAAGGUCAUGUCCGGCAUUGAGCAAUGCCCUGACGCAUGUCGAGGACACCUUGACGACGACGGCGGAACUAUUCGACAAGGCGUCGCAGAUCAUCGUUACGAACAAGGAGGCCAAGAACCUCUGUUCUUCUGCGUCAGGCCCGAGCGGGAACCAGCAUCGGCCACGAGUGGCCGUGAUCGUUGCGGCAGUGCCGUUAGACCAAACCAGCGAGGCUGCGUCUGCCAGUGAAGGAGACAGAUUCGCAGCCGCCCGGGAAGGUGGCCGCGCCGGCAGAGACCGAGGGCGCGGCAAGCCGAAGACACACACCAUUUCUAGCCCCGGGCCCAGUGCAGCAGCUCAGACAGGCCCAUGGACCCCGAAGAAGAACAAGGAUCUACGAUUGUGCUUCGACUACCGUAAGCUCAACGCGCAAACCGUCAAGAAUGCGGGGCCUCUUCCUCGCAUCGACGAUCUUCUCGAGCGGCUGGGCGGUGCGAAGUAUUUUUCCAAGUUGGAUUUGAAAUCAGGAUACCAUCAAAUCUCGAUUUCAAAUGAUCGCUACAAAACCGCAUUCAAGAUGCGGUACGGGCAUUUCAAGUGGGUGGUCAUGCCUUUUGGCCUCACCAACGCCCCGGCGACAUUCCAGGCGGCGAUGACCAAUGAGUUUCGUGCAAUGUUGGACAGGUUCGUGCUGGUCUACUUAGACGAUAUUCUCGUCUACAGCCGGACAUUGGAGGAUCAUCUUGGACAUCUUCGACGAGUAUUGGAGACGCUCCGUCGUGCCAAGUACAAGGCCAACCGCGACAAGUGCGAAUUUGUCCGGCAAGAGAUGGAAUACUUGGGCCAUUUUGUUACACCGGAGGGCAUCAGUCCGCUAUCGGGUAAGAUUCAGGCCGUCCAAGAGUGGCCGGAGCCUCGGAACGUCACGGAUGUCCGCUCGUUCCUCGGUCUUACCGGCUACUAUCAGCGCUUCAUCAAAGGCUACUCCAAGAUCGCGACCCACUUGAACAAGCUUCAGCGCGAGGAUUAGUCAUUUGACUUUGGAGAGGAGGCGCGGGGAUCAUUCCUCACUCUCAAAGCCGCGCUAUUGUCUGCGGAG